AAAAUAAGAGAAGUGAUAAAAAUUGACAUUGAUAAAAAUAAAAACAAGAGAAACAGCCUUAAUUUACAUGAAAAAAAAAACAAAAUGAAAAAGGAAAAUUAUAAAAUAACCGUAAUUGCAUGUUGCUAAGUAAUUAGUUCUGUUAGAAGCAAAAUUUCCAUAAAACAUCCAUAAAGUCCAACACAUAAAAAAAGUAACAAUAUUCGCAUCAAAAGUGCAGUUGGUAAUAAAUAAUGGCGGCAUUUGUAACAAAUAUCCAACCUACCUUAAUGGAGGCAAAUCAAGGCCAUAUUCCGCAUCAUCAUCAAUCGGGUCAACAUAGUUCGCAUUUACCGCACAGCGGGCACAAUUUACCGUCGCCUCCAACAGCACACGGGCAUCAUCAUGCCACGGGAGCGCAUCACGGAGCUCAUGGAACAACAGCAGGCCAUCAUGGCGCUCGAACCCCUUCCAAAGAACAUCACACUCCAAUACCAAAUGUCGACUAUCACGUUCAUCAUCCGCACCAUCCGCCGCAGCAUUACGAGGAUUUUGCCAUUAUGCAUCAUCAGUAUGCGGGCGGAGAGAUUUUGUCGCCGCCGCAUCACCAUUCGCCGGGUCAUACGGGCAAAAAGGGCGACAAAAACCACAAAGAUGGGCAUCAUCAUCACCAUCACUCCGACGGAAAUACGUCGUUUCUACGCGCUGCACGAGCAGGAAACCUUGAGAAGGUCUUGGAACAUUUGAAGAAUGGCAUUGAAAUCAACACGAGCAAUGCUAACGGAUUAAAUGCGUUACAUUUGGCGUCAAAAGACGGUCACAUUACCGUCGUAAAGGAGUUAUUGGAUCGCGGUGCGAUUGUCGAUGCGGCAACGAAGAAAGGCAACACCGCCUUGCACAUCGCGUCGCUCGCCGGACAAGAGGAAGUCGUUAAAUUACUGAUUGCCCACAAUGCUUCCGUCAAUGUACAAUCCCAAAAUGGAUUUACGCCGCUUUACAUGGCGGCACAGGAGAAUCACGAUGUCGUCGUGAAACUUCUUCUUUCGAAUGGCGCCAAUCAGAGUCUCGCGACGGAAGAUGGAUUCACGCCGCUUGCUGUCGCCAUGCAACAAGGACACGAUAAAGUCGUUGCCGUUUUGUUGGAAAGCGAUACGCGAGGAAAAGUUCGUUUGCCGGCACUUCAUAUCGCCGCGAAGAAAGAUGAUGUCAAGGCAGCAGCACUUUUGCUCGAAAACGAUCACAAUCCUGAUGUCACAUCAAAGUCUGGUUUCACGCCGUUGCACAUCGCAUCGCAUUACGGCAACGAAAAUAUCGCCAAUUUGCUGAUUCAGAAGGGCGCCGAUGUUAAUUACGCUGCCAAGCAUAAUAUUUCGCCGUUGCACGUUGCAGCGAAAUGGGGAAAGACGAAUAUGGUCUCGUUAUUGCUUGAAAAAGGAGGAAAUAUUGAGGCGAAAACGCGUGAUGGAUUGACAGCUCUUCAUUGUGCGGCACGAUCGGGACACGAGCAAGUUGUUGAUAUGUUGCUUGAACGCGGAGCUCCAAUUAGUGCUAAAACAAAGAACGGAUUAGCUCCAUUACACAUGGCAUCGCAAGGCGAACACGUUGAUGCCGCCCGUAUCCUUUUGUACCAUCGUGCUCCUGUCGAUGAGGUCACCGUUGAUUACUUAACUGCCUUGCAUGUUGCCGCGCAUUGCGGGCAUGUGCGUGUUGCAAAGUUGUUAUUGGACCGUAAUGCCGACGCCAAUGCACGUGCAUUAAAUGGUUUUACGCCACUCCAUAUUGCUUGCAAGAAAAAUCGCAUCAAGGUAGUUGAGCUGCUCUUGAAACAUGGCGCGAGUAUUAGUGCAACAACAGAAUCUGGCUUGACUCCUUUGCAUGUCGCCUCGUUUAUGGGAUGCAUGAAUAUCGUCAUUUAUUUGUUGCAGCACGAAGCAAGUCCCGAUAUUCCAACUGUGCGUGGCGAAACGCCUCUUCAUUUAGCCGCAAGAGCUAAUCAGACCGACAUCAUUCGGAUCCUCUUGCGCAAUGGCGCCCAAGUCGAUGCACGUGCCCGCGAACAACAAACACCCCUUCACAUUGCAUCGCGUCUCGGAAAUGUCGACAUUGUUAUGCUCUUAUUGCAGCACGGAGCGCAAGUUGAUGCCGUUACCAAAGACAUGUAUACCGCAUUACACAUUGCCGCCAAAGAGGGACAAGAUGAGGUUGCUGCUGUCUUAUUAGAAAAUGGCGCCAAAAUCGAUGCGCAAACCAAAAAGGGUUUCACGCCAUUGCAUCUCACGGCGAAAUAUGGGCACAUCAAGGUUGCCGAGCAACUUUUGGCUAAAAAUGCUCCCGUCGAUGCCGAAGGCAAGAAUUACAUCACGCCAUUGCACGUCGCUUCGCAUUACGAUCAUCAAAAUGUCGCAUUACUCUUGUUGGAAAAGGGCGCCAGUGCUCAUGCAACCGCCAAAAAUGGCCAUACUGCACUUCACAUCGCCGCUCGCAAAAACCAGAUGGAAAUUGCAACAACUUUGCUGGAAUAUGGCGCUUCCGCAAAUGCCGAGAGCAAAGCUGGAUUCACUCCGCUUCAUUUGGCAUCGUCCGAAGGUCACACAGAUCUCACGUCGUUGCUCUUGGAACACAAAGCAAAUCCGAAUCACGGCUCGAAGAACGGUUUGACGCCAAUUCACUUGUGCGCGCAAGAAGAUCGCGUCAAUGUCGCGCAAAUUCUCGUCAAACAUGGCGCCGAUAUGGAAGCUGUGACAAAACAAGGUUACACUCCCUUGCAUAUCGCGUCGCAUUUUGGUCAAGCCAACAUGGUUCGUUAUUUGUUGCAAGAAGGAGUCAAGGUUAAUACGCCAACUGCCAUCGGAUAUACGCCGUUGCAUCAGGCGGCGCAGCAAGGACACUGCCAUAUUGUGCACGUUUUGCUCGAAAGUAACGCGGAUCCGAAUGCCGUCACGCAAAAUGGACAAACGCCGUACCAUAUUGCGCAAAAAUUGGGUUACAUCAGUGUCACGGACUCGUUGAAGGCAGUUACGACGACAGAUGCGCCAAUGCAAACGUCGCAGACGGAGGAGAAAUAUCGCGUUGUUGCGCCCGAAGCCAUGCACGAGACUUUCAUGUCGGAUUCUGAAGAAGAAGGUGGUGAAGACACUGCUUUGUCUGAUCAGCCUUACCGUUAUUUGACGGUUGAUGAAAUGAAGUCCUUGGGCGACGAUUCUCUUCCGAUUGACGUGACACGCGACGAACGCGUCGACUCGAACCGCAUGAUCCAGAGCACGGAUAGCGCCAAUAUGCACAUUCAUGAGGACACCAUAAGCCCGCAUAAGGUAAAAGUUCAUCACGCAGGACGUUCCGUUGUCGAUUACAAGGCGGAAAAUGUAUUUGCUGAAAAAUUGCCGCAUGCUGGAAAACUUCAUUGGAAAAACUUCUUGGUAUCGUUUCUCGUUGACGCUCGUGGCGGCGCAUUACGAGGAUGCCGACACAGUGGUGUGCGCAUAAUCGUGCCUCCGCGUUCCUUAUCCGCACCCACUCGUAUUACAUGCCGUUAUGUCAAGCCACAGCGCACGUUGCAUCCGCCGCCAUUGAUGGAGGGCGAAGCUUUGGCAUCACGCGUUCUCGAAUUGGGUCCCGUAAACGGGCGUUUCUUGGGUCCUGUGGUAAUGGAAGUCCCGCAUUUUGCCUCGCUUCGCGGUAAGGAGCGUGAAAUUGUCAUUUUGCGUUCGGAUAAUGGAGAGACAUGGCGCGAACAUACAAUUGAUAAUAGCGAUGAUGUUGUGCAGGAUGUCUUGAAUCAGUGCUUCGAGCAAGAAGAAAUUGCACAAAUGGAUGAACUCGGCGGAGGUCGCGUAUGUCGCUUCGUAACUUACGACUUCCCGCAAUACUUUGCCGUAAUUUCGCGCAUUCGUCAAGAAGUUCAUGCCAUCGGUCCCGAAGGCGGAAUGGUUUCCAGCACCGUUGUACCGCAAGUUCAAGCUGUUUUCCCGCAAGGCGCUCUCACGAAGAAAAUUAAAGUUGGAUUGCAGGCACAACCAAUCGAUCCAGAUUUGACGGCGAAACUGUUGGGACGAGGCGUUGCUGUUUCUCCCGUUGUCACUGUGGAACCUCGUCGCCGUAAAUUCCACAAAGCAAUCACGUUAAGUAUGCCCGCUCCGCGUGCCCACAGUCAAGGAAUGAUAAAUCAGUAUUCGGGCAGUGCUCCUACCUUACGUCUCUUAUGCUCAAUUACAGGCGGCACAACGCGUGCCCAAUGGGAAGAUGUUACCGGAUCGACACCACUUACGUUCGUUAAUGACUGUGUUUCCUUUACAACAACUGUUUCCGCACGCUUUUGGCUUAUGGAUUGUCGUAAUAUUGCUGAUGCAACUAAAAUGGCAACGGAGUUAUACAAGGAAGCAAUCCACGUACCUUUCAUGGCUAAAUUUGUAGUCUUCGCCAAACGAACUGAUCCCCUAGAAGCCCGUUUACGUGUCUUCUGCAUGACAGACGAUCGCGAAGACAAAACGCUCGAACAUCAGGAGCAUUAUACCGAAGUUGCCAAGAGUCGAGACGUCGAAGUGCUCGAAGACAAGAUCCAAUUUAUCGAAUUAGCUGGCAAUUUAGUACCCAUAACCAAAUCCGGCGAGCAACUUAAACUCACCUUCAAGGCAUUCCGCGAAAAUCGCCUCCCCUUCGCCGUUCGUGUGAAAGAUCAACAUGCCGACAUUGUCGGGCGAGCUCUUUUCAUGCGCGAACCAAAAGUCGCGAAAGGCGAACAACCUCAACAACCAAUUUGCAUCCUGAACGUCGUCCUGCCCGAGAACAUAAUUCCCGAGCAGCUGACAAUUUUGGAUGAAGAUCGUGAUAUUAUUACCCGAAUUGAGAUUCCGCAGCAGGAAACGUUCACACAAAAUGUGAGUGAUUUGCGAAUUGUCGAUAUUUCGAACCUUUUGGGUGAGGAUUGGGUUCGUUUGGCGCCCGAAAUUGGCGUUAAUGAGACCGAUGUUCGUGUUAUUAUCGAAGAAAAUCCCUCGAGUACGGCGCGACAAGCACAAGCGAUGUUCGUGUUGUUCCAAACGAGGAAACAAAAUGACAUUAAUAUCCUCGAAAAUGGUUUGCGAAGCAUUGGACGGGAUGAUAUCGUGAACCAAUGCAUCAAAAAUACGAGAAUUACAACAACAACAACAACUACGACGACGACAACCAAAAGAGGGUACUCCGUCGUACCCAAAACUGCCAGUUUGGACCAUCAAGUGUACGACGAACCGGAUUUGAUGAAAGAUUCCGAGAGUGUUGAGGAACUUGUGCAACAAGAUGACAUCCGACACGAACUCAAAUACUCCGUCGAAGAGAAAAUUGUCGAAAAAUCCGAGUCCGAAGAGGAAAGUGAGGAGACUUCCGUGCAAAAAACUGUCGCCCAGCGUCGAAGUCAAAUCCAAAAACGACUUUCGACGGAAAAAACGAAGCCCUCGGAGCAAAAGAAGGAAGUCCAAGAAGAAAUUGUCGAACUCAAGCGACGCAGUUUGAUCGAAGAGACCAAAUCCAAGCACGAAGAAGAGAUUUGGAUGCAAAAACCCACAGAUAAUUCGUACAAAACCUCCAGCGGCAUUCCCGAACCUGUCGCCCGACUCAAAACGUCAACCUCGAAAGACGGUUCGAUGAUCAGCAAAACCGACUUUGACCAAGAACUCCAAGAUAAAUUCAAGACAACUCUCAAAGAUGUCGACAGCUUCGAACAUCAACCCCAAACUUUGUACCAAACGAGCGUUGAAAGCGUCGACAGCGAAAAACGCGACGUUUAUGGCACGACCGUAACUGAAAUCAAAGAAACAACCAAACAAAUUUCCGAACAACGCUUCACGAGCGAAGAAUCCACGGAAUCGACAAAGUCAUCAGACACGGGAAUUGUCACAAAAAGUACAAUUACGACAAUUACGUCGGGCGAACCGACUUUCACGAUACACGGAAAAACGUACGACGAAACGGAAAAAGUUGCCGUCGCUACGGAAGAAAAAUACAAAGAACUAAGAAAAGAAGUCUUGAGCACCGUUGAUACGGGAUUGAUGUCAAAAUUGAGUGAACAAAAGGAAAAAGUUGAUUCUUUUAUCAAGGAAGAGCAAAAAGUUUCGUUCCAAGAACAGAAAGCAAGUCGCGAAGAUGAAAGUGAGGAAGAAGAUGAAGAACUUGCGGAAAUUUCUCGUAAAAGUUCCAUUGAGCAAGAAUUUAAAAAGCAAAUUAAGAAGGAAGCGAAUAUCUUGGAUGAUUUUAUUCAUGAAGAGCGAAAAAAUGAAACGUGGCGCGUGACUGAAGAGGUGACGAAAGAGGAAGUUGUACACGAGUUGGAGAAAUUGGAUGAAGUGAUUAAAGAAGAGGCGGUUAAAGUAGAGAAGAAGUUGGAAGAGAAAUUUGAUGAAAUUACCAAAGGCAGCCAGCUGAUAACCCCUGCAGCUGCAAAGAAACUUAUAUCAUCAGGCAUUUUGCCAUCCGGAUCGGAUACGUUUGACGAUUUGAACGAUGAUGAGCCAUUGCAAGAGGAAAUCACAAAAACUACUACAAUCACAACCGUUACAACUACAACAAAAGUCCUCAAGGAUGACACCAAAGAAGGUUUCUUGGAAGACGAAACUGAACCGGAAAAUCUCAUGGAAGCUCCAAAGAAGAAGCUCCAACUUGCAUCGACGGAAGAUUUGGAACUCCUGAGUCCCGAUACUCCCGUGCAUGAGGUUUCCAAAUCUGAGCCAAGUACGCAGCCAAUUACCAAGUCAAUUACGCCAACGCUCAAAUUGGAUAUCAGCGACAAAGAUAGUAAGCCAAUUUCAAGCAUCAAAAUCACCUACAAAGAAAUCGGUUCGAAGGAAAAUUUAGAUAUCGAUAUUAAAAGUACCCCAAAAAGACAUCGUCAUUUACGAAUAGUUGAAGAUGACAGUCCAUGUUCACUCACGAAGAAGAUCCAUCUGUAUACGGGAGGAUAUGAUACUGAUUCCCCGGCAACAGAUGGCAUUACUGACACUGGAAUCUCGAUGCAUCGAGGUUUCACAGAUCCAACAUCAAGUCCCGGCGAUCAACCAUCCUCGAAAAGUCGGGAAUUCAAAAGGUUGGAAGUCAUUACCGAUACUGCAUAUGAUGUUGAUGUUGAAGAAAUGGAACUCACGGAUGCUGGUUUGAGUCCUAUUCAACCUGAUGGUCCUGAUGAUUGUACAUUACCGCUUGAGAUGGAAAAGGAUGAAGAAACAACAACCACAGAGUUUACGCAUCAAGCUACGAGUCCCGUGGAAUUCAGCUCGGGCAAUUCUGCAGUAGAAACUUCUGAUGCAACGACAAUUACUGAUAAAGUUGAAACGAAAGAUGCGAUUUUGAGUCCUAUGAAUCUUGAGAGUGAACAAAAACGUGAACAAGAGGAAGAAGAAGAUAUUCUCUCGACUAUCUCGAAUUCAGGAGAAGUACGAGAAAAGAUUAAGUUGAUUGAACAAAAGUCUAUUGAAGUUGUUUCAACAAUUCCUAAACCAAAGACUCGUAAAACCUCUGAAUCAGAAACUAAACCAAAAAGUGAUUCUUCAUCAAUUGAAGAAGAAACUAUUGAACAUGCUCCUCAAAAAGAAGAAACUGUUGAUGCUCCUGUCAAAGUUAAAGAAUUGAAAAAGAUUUUCUCGCCAACGGAAGACAAACCCGUAACAGAAGAGGAAAUUGUGACUUCAAGUUCAAUCACAAAAACAGAAGAAGGUCCCCGUCAAUUAUCAAAACAUAUUCAAAGAAAACCAAUCGAAGUUACCGACGAAGAACUCAUUGCAAGUCUCGAAUCGCAAUUAGUUCAUGACGAACCAAAACCGCACAAAAUUGUGCCUCGUUCAAUUAAAGCUUUCGAUAAACCCGAACCAUCUGCUCCGUCGCCGCCAUCUGACAGCGCAAACAAACUACCUGUUCACGAGCCAGCAUGCGAACCAUAUGUCACUUGCAGGAAAUUCGGACAAUUGACUGACGAACAGACCGAAGUAGAGGAAAACUUGAGCAAAAUCGCGCCGGAAACUAUCGAAAUACAAAAAGAAACCAUCGAAGAAACAGAACUAGGUAAAAUAACGACGAUUACAACGACAAAAGUUACAAAAAUUAAGGAAAUGUUUGAAGCUUCCUCGUCGGAAGAUUCAGACUUUGAAGUUCCAAAGCCUGUAGUUGCUACAGGCACAGAUUAUCUAAAAAGUAAAAUUAUUGACUAUAAAAAAGCUAUUGGGGAAACAGAUGAUGCCAUUCUCGAUGCAAAAGUUACUGAUUCUAAAUCUGUUUUGGAUGAUUCUCUAAAGUCAAUUGCGUUUGAACAAGAAAUGGAGAAUGUUGAGGUUAUGUUUGAAAAGUGUAAAGUUGAUUUAGGUAAAAAAGAAAUCCCUGAAGUUGAAGAAAAAACUGUCCCUGUAUUGGUUAGUGUUCAGGAUUUGCCCAAGAAAGCAAAACCAACAGAUUCUAAACAACCUGAAACAGUACAAAAAGUUACCAUGUCUUUCUUAGAAGAGGAACAGAAAUAUGCUGAUUCCUUCUUCGAUGAACCCAAAUCUGUUGAAAAAACGGAAAUUGUUGAACAAACUUUCAUUACUUCAGAAGUUAAGCCAGUUGAAAAGACAGAAAUUAUCGAAAAAACUGUUCUUCCUUCUGAAGUAAAGCCCGUUGAAUCAAAACCUGUUGAAAAGACAGAAACAAAAGAAAUUUCUGAAGACAAAGAUUUGCCUGAUACAACUAAAGUUGACGAAUUAGCAAAAGUUCGUACAUUGUCUUUCUUAGAAGAGGAACAGAAAUAUGCUGAUUCCUUCUUCGAUGAACCCAAAUCUGUUGAACAAUCUUUCAUUACCUCAGAAGUUAAGCCAGUUGAAAAGACAGAAAUUGUCGAAAAAACUGUUCUUCCUUCUGAAGUAAAGCCCGUUGAAUCAAAACCUGUUGAAAAGACAGAAACAAAAGAAAUUUCUGAAGACAAAGAUUUGCCUGAUACAACUAAAGUUGACGAAUUAGCAAAAGUUCGUACAUUGUCUUUCUUAGAAGAGGAACAGAAAUAUGCUGAUUCCUUCUUCGAUGAACCUAAAUCUGUUGAAAAACUGGAAAUUGUUGAACAAACUUUCAUUACUUCAGAAGUUAAGCCAGUUGAAAAGACAGAAAUUAUCGAAAAAACUGUUCUUCCUUCUGAAGUAAAGCCCGUUGAAUCAAAACCUGUUGAAAAGACAGAAACAAAAGAAAUUUCUGAAGACAAAGACUCGCCUGAUACAACUAAAGUUGAUGAAUUAACAAAAGUUCGUACGUUGUCUUUCUUAGAAGAGGAACAGAAAUAUGCUGAUUCCUUCUUCGACGAACCCAAAUCUGUUGAACAAACUUUCAUUACUUCUGAAGUUAAGCCAGUUGAAAAGACAGAAAUUGUUGAAAAAGCUGUUCUUCCUUCUGAAGUAAAGCCCGUUGAAUCAAAACCUGUUGAAAAGACAGAAACAAAAGAAAUUUCUGAAGACAAAGAUUUGCCUGAUACAAAUAAAGAUUUACCUGUUACAGUCCCAAGAGAAACUUCUCCUGAUCUGACUAAAUUAACUUCAACUUUCUUAGACACUGAAAGAAUGUACGUUGACUCUUUCAAAGAUACUCCAAAAGACAUCAAAACCAUUGACCUUGAAGAAAUUAAAGUUGAUGACAUAUUUAAGAAAUGCGUAAGAACAAAAUCUAUUGAAGAAACUCCAGUUUUUGAAACAAAAGUUUCUCAAAUAACUGAAGAAACGAAAAUUAUUGAAGAAGAACCUUCAAAUCAAACGAAAGAUGAUUUGGAGGAAGAAAUCCCCGAAAUAAAAGAAUCUAAUAUAGAAACUCACGAAAUAGUAUCUUCAUUCCUUGACAAUGAAAGACAAUAUGCCGAUAGUUUUCUUGAAGAACCAAUUAAAAAGGAACAAGAUACAUUGACUGAUGAACUAUUUAAGAAAUGUAAAGUAACCAAAAGUGUUUCUGAAAUUAAAUCUGAUGCUCAAGAAUCUAAACCAGAAUCUGACUCUGAAAAGCGUAUUUCUCAAACUGAAAGCUUGAUAGAAAUGUUAGAAAGUGACUUUACAUCCGUAGAUACAUUUUCAAGCAAGAUUUCUUCAAUUACUAAAGAUAAAAAGGAAACAAAAGAAAAAGCAGCUUUUACUUUUGAAUCAAAAGACUUAGAAGAGCAAGAAUCCGAAGAUGUUUUUAUUCAGUUGAAAAAAGAUUUCGUUAGCAUAAGCGAUGUUCAAUCUUUUGCUACAAAGCAAAUCGAGCUUAGCAAAGAUAUCAAAGACUCUGUUAAAAAAGAAACUUCAACGAUCAAAUCUACUUUUACAGAAAAAUUCGACACAUUCAAAACUACUUUCGAAAAAGAAAAGAAAGAUACUGAAGACAUUUUCGAAAAGGUUAAAGAUGAUUUUGUUAGUGAAGUAAAAACUUUCGAAACGAAAACCGUUGAUACUGCCAAAGAUAUCAAAGACUCUGUUAAAGAAGAAACUUCAACUAUCAAAUCUACCGUAACUGAGAAAUUCGACACAUUCAAAACUACUCUCGAACAAGAAAAGAAAGAUACUGAAGACAUUUUCGAAAAGGUUAAAGAUGAUUUUGUUAGUGAAGUAAAAACUUUCGAAACGAAAACAUUUGAUACUGCCAAAGAUAUCAAAGACUCUGUUAAGGAAGAAACUUCAACGAUCAAAUCUACUGUAACUGAAAAAUUCGACACAUUCAAAACUACUCUCGAACAAGAAAAGAAAGAUUCUGAAGACAUUUUCGAAAAGGUUAAAGAUGAUUUUGUUAGUGAAGUAAAAACUUUCGAAACGAAAACCUUUGAUACUGCCAAAGAUAUCAAAGACUCUGUUAAAGAAGAAACUUCAACGAUCAAAUCUACUGUAACUGAAAAAUUCGACACAUUCAAAACUACUCUCGAACAAGAAAAGAAAGAUACUGAAGACAUUUUCGAAAAGGUUAAAGAUGAUUUUGUUAGUGAAGUAAAAACUUUCGAAACAAAGACCUUUGAUACUGCAAAAGAUAUCAAAGACUCUGUUAAGGAAGAAACUUCAACGAUCAAAUCUACUGUAACUGAAAAAUUCGACACAUUCAAAACUACUCUCGAACAAGAAAAGAAAGAUACUGAAGACAUUUUAGAAAAGGUAAAAGAUGAUUUUGUUUCUGAAGUAAAAACUUUCGAAACAAAGACCUUUGAUACUGCCAAAGAUAUCAAAGACUCAGUUAAAGAAGAAACUUCAACUAUCAAAUCUACCGUAACUGAGAAAUUCGUCACAUUCAAAACUACUCUCGAACAAGAAAAGAAAGAUACUGAAGAUAUUUUCGAAAAGGUUAAAGAUGAUUUUGUUAGUGAAGUAAAAACUUUCGAAACGAAAACCUUUGAUACUGCCAAAGAUAUCAAAGACUCUGUUAAGGAAGAAACUUCAACUAUCAAAUCUACUGUAACUGAGAAAUUCGACACAUUCAAAACUACUCUUGAACAAGAAAAGAAAGAUACUGAAGAAAUUUUCGAAAAGGUUAAAGAUGAUUUUGUUUCUGAAGUAAAAACUUUCGAAACAAAGACCUUUGAUACUGCCAAAGAUAUCAAAGACUCAGUUAAAGAAGAAACUUCAACUAUCAAAUCUACCGUAACUGAGAAAUUCGACACAUUCAAAACUACUCUCGAACAAGAAAAGAAAGAUACUGAAGACAUUUUCGAAAAGGUUAAAGAUGAUUUUGUUAGUGAAGUAAAAACUUUCGAAACGAAAACCUUUGAUACUGCCAAAGAUAUCAAAGACUCUGUUAAAGAAGAAACUUCAACUAUCAAAUCUACCGUAACUGAGAAAUUUGACACAUUCAAAACUACUCUCGAACAAGAAAAGAAAGAUACUGAAGACAUUUUCGAAAAGGUUAAAGAUGAUUUUGUUAGUGAAGUAAAAACUUUCGAAACGAAAACAUUUGAUACGGCAAAAGAUAUCAAAGACUCUGUUAAGGAAGAAACUUCAACAAUCAAAUCUACUGUAACUGAGAAAUUCGACACAUUCAAAACUGCUCUUGAACAAGAAAAGAAAGAUACUGAAGAAAUUUUCGAAAAGGUUAAAGAUGAUUUUGUUUCUGAAGUAAAAACUUUCGAAACAAAGACCUUUGAUACUGCCAAAGAUAUCAAAGACUCAGUUAAAGAAGAAACUUCAACUAUCAAAUCUACCGUAACUGAGAAAUUUGACACAUUCAAAACUGCUCUCGAACAAGAAAAGAAAGAUACUGAAGAUAUUUUCGAAAAGGUUAAAGAUGAUUUUGUUUCUGAAGUAAAAACUUUCGAAACAAAAACAUUUGAUACUGCCAAAGAUAUCAAAGACUCUGUUAAGGAAGAAACUUCAACGAUCAAAUCUACUUUUACAGAAAAAUUCGACACAUUCAAAACUACUCUUGAACAAGAAAAGAAAGAUACUGAAGAUAUUUUCGAAAAGGUUAAAGAUGAUUUUGUUAGUGAAGUAAAAACUUUCGAAACGAAAACAUUUGAUACUGCCAAAGAUAUUAAAGAUACUGUUAAAGAAGAAACUUCAACAAUCAAAUCUAGUGUAACUGAGAAAUUCGACACAUUCAAAACUACUCUUGAACAAGAAAAGAAAGAAGUAACUGAAGGUAUUUUCGAAGAACUUAAGGACGAUUUGGUUAGUCAGAUUAAAGAAAAGAAAGACAUAAGUGAUGAUGAACAAGAUAUUGUUGAAACAGUUAUUCAAAAAGCAACUGUUUUAGAAAAGGAUAUUACAGGAAUUCGUCAAGAUUUUGGUCAUCCAGAUUCGUAUUCUUCAAUAAUCCCUAAAACUGAGUAUGAAAAUUUAUUGAAAGAAACCGAACAAAUACGUUCAGAAAUAACAAAGACAAUUGAAACAUUUUCUCAUGAUGAAAAAUUAAGUGAAACAUUCAUCUGUAGAUCUGUUUUAAAGAAAGACGACAGCAUUGAUUCCUUGAAUUCGUUAGACAUUAGUAAAGAAACUGAAAACGUAGAACAAGAAUCUAGCAUAUUCGACAAACAUACACACAUUGAACAAAGUAUUCACCGAAGUCCUAAAUUUGAUGAUAUUGUUUCUUUACAAUCUGAUGUAGUUCAAACGGACGAUGAAUGCGACGAUUCACAUACAUCUUCUCCUAAACAUGAAAAAUGUGUUAGAAUAAUAGGCGGUGUAUCCAAUAAAACAUUCAUUGUUGACGGCAUGAGACAAACAGAAAUAUUAUCAGAUGAAGAUGAUGAAAACGAAGAAGGUGAAUAUCUUAUUGAAGAAGUAGAUCAAAAAUGCACAUUGUAUGAAAAACAUGAAGAAGAUUCAUUUAUCCAAGAUCAAACAACAGUUGCAUCUGAAAAGAUCUUUGAGAAAAAAUCAUAUUCUCCUGAAAUAUUUGAGAAGGUUCAGUCAGAUAACGAAAUUGAAGAUCCAUCUUCGCCUAGACAUGACAAAUCUAUCAAAAUAAUUGGAGGAGUGUCUAACAAAACAUUAAUUGUACAAGGCGUGAAACAAAUAGAAGAAUUUUCAGAUGAAGAAGAUGUCAAAGAAGAAGAACCUCUUGAUAAACAAUUGACAACAUUGCCUUCAGAUAAAGUUGAAGAAAAGAAACCUGAAUCUCCUGAACAUUUCGCUGAAGUUCAUUCAGACAACGAAUCUGAAGGCUUACAUCCAUCUUCGCCUAAACAUGACAAAUCUGUUAAAAUAAUUGGAGGAGUGUCUAAUGAAACAUUAAUUGUACAAGGCGUGAAACAAACAGAAGCAUUUUCAGAUGAAGAAGAUGUCAAAGAAGAAGAAUUUCUUGAUAAACAAUUGAAAACAUUGCCUUCAGAUAAAGUUGAAGAAAAGAAACCUGAAUCUCCUGAGCAUUUCGCCGAAGUUCAUUCAGACAACGAAUCUGAAGGUUCACAUCCAUCUUCGCCUAAACAUGACAAAUAUAUCAAAAUAAUUGGAGGAGUAUCUAACGAAACAUUAAUUGUACAAGGCGUUAAACAAACAGAAGCAUUUUCAGAUGAAGAAGAUGUUAACGAAGAAGAACCUCUUGAUAAACAAUUAAAAACAUUGCCUUCAGACAGAAUCGAAGAAAAGAAACCCGAAUCUCCUAAACAUUCCGCAGAAGUUCAUUCAGACAACGAAUCUGAAGGUUCACAUCCAUCUUCGCCUAAACAUGACAAAUCUAUCAAAAUAAUUGGAGGAGUAUCUAACGAAACAUUAAUUGUACAAGGAGUUAAACAAACAGAAGCAUUUUCAGAUGAAGAAGAUGUUAACGAAGAAGAACCUCUUGAUAAACAAUUAAAAACAUUGCCUUCAGAUAGAACUGAAGAAAAGAAACCCGAAUCUUCUAAACAUUCCGCUGAAGUUCAUUCAGACAACGAAUCUGAAGGUUCACAUCCAUCUUCGCCUAAACAUGACAAAUCUAUUAAAAUAAUUGGAGGAGUGUCUAACGAAACAUUAAUUGUACAAGGCGUGAAACAAACAGAACUAUUUUUAGAUGAAGAAGAUGUCAACGAAGAAGAACCUCUUGAUAAACAAUUGACAACAUUGCCUUCAGAUAGAAUUGAAGAAAAGAAACCAGAAUCUCCUGAACAUUCCGCUGAAGUUCAUUCAGACAACGAAUCUGAAGGUUCACAUCCAUCUUCGCCUAAACAUGACAAAUCUAUCAAAAUAAUUGGAGGAGUGUCUAACGAAACAUUAAUUGUACAAGGCGUGAAACAAACAGAAGUAUUUUCAGAUGAAGAAGAUGUCAACGAAGAAAAACCUCUAGAUAAACAAUUGAAAUCUUUGCCUUCAGAUAAAGUUGAAGAAAAGAAAACUGAAGAUGUAAAACCUUUCGAUGAGCCAUUGACAUCUUUGCCUUCAGAUAAAGUUGAAGAAAAGAAACCUUUCGAUGAGCCAUUGAAAUCUUUGCCUUCAGAUAAAGUUGAAGAAAAGAAACCUGAAGACGUAAAACCUUUCGAUGAGCCAUUAAAAUCUUUGCCUUCAGAUAAAGUUGAAGAAAAGAAACCUGAAGACGUAAAGCCUUUCGAUGAGCCAUUGAAAUCUUUGCCUUCAGAUAAAGUUGAAGAAAAGAAACCUGAAGAUGUUUUCGAUGAGCCAUUGAAAUCUUUGCCUUCAGAUAAAAAACCUGAAGAUGUAAAAUCUUUCGAUGAGCCUUUGAAAUCUUUGCCUUCAGAUAAAGUUGAAGAAAAGAAACCUUUCGAUGAGCCAUUGAAAUCUUUGCCUUCAGAUAAAGUUGAAGAAAAGAAACCUGAAGAAGUAAAAUCUUUCGAUGAGCCAUUGAAAUCUUUGCCUUCAGAUAAAGUUGAAGAAAAGAAACCUGAAGAAAAACCUUUCGAUGAGCCAUUGAAAUCUUUGCCUUCAGAUAAAGUUGAAGAAAAGAAACCUGAAGAUGUAAAAUCUUUCGAUGAGCCAUUGAAAUCUUUGCCUUCAGAUAAAGUUGAAGAAAAGAAAACUGAAGAUGUAAAAUCUUUCGAUGAACCAUUGAAAUCUUUGCCUUCAGAUAAAGUUGAAGAAAAGAAACCUUUCGAUGAGCCAUUGAAAUCUUUGUCUUCAGAUAAAGUUGAAGAAAAGAAACCUGAAGACGUAAAGCCUUUCGAUGAGCCAUUGAAAUCUUUGCCUUCAGAUAAAGUUGAAGAAAAGAAACUUUUCGAUGAGCCAUUGAAAUCUUUGCCUUCAGAUAAAGUUGAAGAAAAGAAACCUGAAGACGUAAAGCCUUUCGAUGAGCCUUUGAAAUCUUUGCCUUCAGAUAAAGAUGAAGAAAAGAAACCUGAAGAAAAUAAAGAUGUAGAUUCAAGACCAGAAUCUCCUUAUGCUUCUUCGGAUGAGCCAUUGAAAUCUUUGCCUUCAGAUAAAGUUGAAGAAAAGAAGCCUGAAGACGUAAAGCCUUUCGAUGAGCCAUUGAAAUCUUUGCCUUCAGAUAAAGUUGAAGAAAAGAAACCUUUCGAUGAGCCUUUGAAAUCUUUGCCUUCAGAUAAAGUUGAAGAAAAGAAACCUUUCGAUGAGCCAUUGAAAUCUUUGCCUUCAGAUAAAGUUGAAGAAAAGAAACCUGAAGACGUAAAGCCUUUCGAUGAGCCAUUGAAAUCUUUGCCUUCAGAUAAAGUUGAAGAAAAGAAACCUUUCGAUGAGCCAUUGAAAUCUUUGCCUUCAGAUAAAGUUGAAGAAAAGAAGCCUGAAGACGUAAAGCCUUUCGAUGAGUCAUUGAAAUCUUUGCCUUCAGAUAAAGUUGAAGAAAAGAAAACUGAAGAUAAACCUGAAGACGUAAAGCCUUUCGAUGAGCCAUUGAAAUCUUUGCCUUCAGAUAAAGUUGAAGAAAAGAAACCUUUCGAUGAGCCAUUGAAAUCUUUGCCUUCAGAUAAAGUUGAAGAAAAGAAACCUGAAGACGUAAAGCCUUUCGAUGAGCCAUUGAAAUCUUUGCCUUCAGAUAAAAAACCUUUCGAUGAGCCAUUGAAAUCUUUGCCUUCAGAUAAAGUUGAAGAAAAGAAACCUGAAGACGUAAAGCCUUUCGAUGAGCCAUUGAAAUCUUUGCCUUCAGAUAAAGUUGAAGAAAAGAAACCUGAAGACGUAAAGCCUUUCGAUGAGCCAUUGAAAUCUUUGCCUUCAGAUAAAGUUGAAGAAAAGAAACCUGAAGAUGUAAAAUCUUUCGAUGAGCCAUUGAAAUCUUUGCCUUCAGAUAAAGAUGAAGAAAAGAAACCUGAAGAAGUAAAGCCUUUCGAUGAGCCAUUGAAAUCUUUGCCUUCAGAUAAAGUUGAAGAAAAGAAACCUGAAGACGUAAAGCCUUUCGAUGAGCCAUUGAAAUCUUUGCCUUCAGAUAAAGUUGAAGAAAAGAAACCUGAAGAAAAACCUGAAGACGUAAAGCCUUUCGAUGAACCUUUGAAAUCUUUGCCUUCAGAUAAAGUUGAAGAAAAGAAACCUGAAGACGUAAAGCCUUUCGAUGAGCCAUUGAAAUCUUUGCCUUCAGAUAAAGUUGAAGAAAAGAAACCUGAGGAAGUAAAAACUUUCGAUGAACCUUUGAAAUCUUUGCCUUCAGAUAAAGAUCCAUUGAAAUCUUUGCCUUCAGAUAAUGUUGAAGAAAAGAAACCUUUCGAUGAGCCAUUGAAAUCUUUGCCUUCAGAUAAAGUUGAAGAAAAGAAACCUGAAGAUGUAAAAUCUUUCGAUGAGCCAUUGAAAUCUUUGCCUUCAGAUAAAGUUGAAGAAAAGAAACCUGAAGACGUAAAGCCUUUCGAUGAGCCAUUGAAAUCUUUGCCUUCAGAUAAAAUAAAGUUGAAGAAAAGAAGCAUGAAAUCUUUGCCUUCAGAUAAAGUUGAAGAAAAGAAACCUGAAGAUGUAAAACCUUUCGAUGAGCCAUUGAAAUCUUCGCCUUCAGAUAAAGAUGUAGAUUCAAGACCAGAAUCUCCUUAUGCUUCUUUGGAUGAGCCAUUAAAAUCUUUGCCUUCAGAUAAAGUUGAAGAAAAGAAACCUUUCGAUGAGCCAUUGAAAUCUUUGCCUUCAGAUAAAGAUGAAGAAAAGAAACCUGAAGACGUAAAGCCUUUCGAUGAACCUUUGAAAUCUUUGCCUUCAGAUAAAGUUGAAGAAAAGAAACCUGAAGACGUAAAGCCUUUCGAUGAACCUUUGAAAUCUUUGCCUUCAGAUAAAGUUGAAGAAAAGAUACCUGAAGACGUAAAGCCUUUCGAUGAGCCAUUGAAAUCUUUGCCUUCAGAUAAAGUUGAAGAAAAGAAACCUGAAGAAGUAAAAACUUUCGAUGAACCUUUGAAAUCUUUGCCUUCAGAUAAAGAUGUAGAUUCAAGACCAGAAUCUCCUUAUGCUUCUUCGGAUGAGCCAUUAAAAUCUUUGCCUUCAGAUAAAAAACCUUUCGAUGAGCCAUUGAAAUCUUUGCCUUCAGAUAAAUUUGAAGAAAAUAAACCUGAAGAUGUAAAAACUUUCGAUGAACCUUUGAAAUCUUUGCCUUCAGAUAAAGUUGAAGAAAAGAAACCUGAAGACGUAAAGCCUUUCGAUGAGUCAUUGAAAUCUUUGCCUUCAGAUAAAGUUGAAGAAAAGAAACCUUUCGAUGAGCCAUUGAAAUCUUUGUCUUCAGAUAAAUUUGAAGAAAAGAAACCUGAAGAUGUAAAACCUUUCGAUGAGCCAUUGAAAUCUUCGCCUUCAGAUAAAGAUGUAGAUUCAAGACCAGAAUCUCCUUAUGCUUCUUUGGAUGAGCCAUUAAAAUCUUUGCCUUCAGAUAAAAAACCUUUCGAUGAGCCAUUGAAAUCUUUGCCUUCAGAUAAAGUUGAAGAAAAGAAGCAUGAAGACGUAAAGCCUUUCGAUGAGCCAUUGAAAUCUUUGCCUUCAGAUAAAGUUGAAGAAAAGAAGCAUGAAGACGUAAAGCCUUUCGAUGAGCCAUUGAAAUCUUUGCCUUCAGAUAAAGUUGAAGAAAAGAAACCUUUCGAUGAGCCAUUGAAAUCUUUGCCUUCAGAUAAAGUUGAAGAAAAGAAACCUGAAGACGUAAAGCCUUUCGAUGAGCCAUUGAAAUCUUUGCCUUCAGAUAAAGUUGAAGAAAAGAAACCUGAAGAAAAACCUUUCGAUGAGCCAUUGAAAUCUUUGCCUUCAGAUAAAGUUGAAGAAAAGAAACCUGAAGAUGUAAAAUCUUUCGAUGAGCCUUUGAAAUCUUUGCGUUCUGAUAAAGUUGAAGAAAAUAAACCUAAAGACGUAAAAUCUUUCGAUGAGUCAUUGAAAUCUUUGCCUUCAGAUAAAGAUGAAGAAAAGAAACCUGAAGAAGUAAAAACUUUCGAUGAACCUUUGAAAUCUUUGCCUUCAGAUAAAGUUGAAGAAAAGAAACCUGAAGAAGUAAAAACUUUCGAUGAGCCAUUGAAAUCUUUGCCUUCAGAUAAAGUUGAAGAAAAGAAACCCGAAGAAGUAAAAACUUUCGAUGAACCUUUGAAAUCUUUGCCUUCAGAAAAAGAUGAAGAUUCAAAACCUGAAUCUCCUGAACCAUCGAGAGAAGAAAAAGUUGAAUCUAUUACUUCAACUAAAAUUGUUGAAACUAUAACAACAUCUGUUAUUUCUCAAAAAUUAGUCGACGACAAGUUGAAAUUCAUUGGAAUUCAACCUAUUGAGCAUGAAGAUUCAAAAACAGAAUCUCCAGAGCCUUCUCUCGAAGAACCAUUGACAUCUUUGCCUUCAGAUAAAGUUGAAGAAAAGAAACCUGAAGACGUAAAACCUUUCGAUGAACCUUUGAAAUCUUUGCCUUCAGAUAAAGUAGAAGAAAAGAAACUUGAAGAUGUCAAAUCUUUCGAUGAACCAUUGAAGUCUUUGCCUUCAGAAAAAGAUGAAGAUUCAAAACCUGAAUCUCCUGAACCAUCGAGAGAUGAAAAAGUUGAAUCUAUUACUUCAACUAAAAUUGUUGAAACUAUAACAACAUCUGUUAUUUCUCAAAAAUUAGUCGACGACAAGUUGAAAUUCAUUGGAAUUCAACCUAUUGAGCAUGAAGAUUCAAAAACAGAAUCUCCAGAGCCUUCUCUCGAAGAACCAUUGACAUCUUUGCCUUCAGAUAAAGUUGAAGAAAAGAAACCUGAAGACGUAAAACCUUUCGAUGAACCUUUGAAAUCUUUGCCUUCAGAUAAAGAUGUAGAUUCAAGACCAGAAUCUCCUUAUGCUUCUUCGGAUGGGCCAUUAAAAUCUUUGCCUUCAGAUAAAGUUGAAGAAAAGAAACCUGAAGAAGUAAAAACUUUCGAUGAGCCAUUGAAAUCUUUGCCUUCAGAUAAAGUUGAAGAAAAGAAACCCGAAGAAGUAAAAACUUUCGAUGAACCUUUGAAAUCUUUGCCUUCAGAAAAAGAUGAAGAUUCAAAACCUGAAUCUCCUGAACCAUCGAGAGAAGAAAAAGUUGAAUCUAUUACUUCAACUAAAAUUGUUGAAACUAUAACAACAUCUGUUAUUUCUCAAAAAUCAGUCGACGACAAGUUGAAAUUCAUUGGAAUUCAACCUAUUGAGCCUGAAGAUUCAAAAACAGAAUCUCCAGAGCCUUCUGUCAAAGAACCAUUGACAUCUUUGCCUUCAGAUAAAAUUGAAGAUAAAAAAUCUAAAUCUCCUGAUGAACCUUUGAAGUCUUUGCCUUCAGAAAAAGAUGAUGAUUCAAAAUUUGAAUCGCCUCAACCAUCGAAAGAUGAAAAAGUUGAAAUUAUUUCUACCACAAAAGUUGUAGACAUCGUUCAAAAAACAGAUAAGGAAUCAGUUCAUUCUGCUCAAACUUCCGCCAUUUCUAAAGAAAUCGUUGAAUCAGUUAUUCCACUUAGUUCUGAUCCGCGUCAACCAACAAAAACCGCCGCUGAAUAUAGUUUUAUGCCCGAAAGUAAAACGUAUAAAUCAGACAGAGUGGAAUCCGAAAAGAAAGAAACUGUCGCUGAAAUAUCUCAUUCCGAUAUCUCACACGACAGCAAUCAAACCGUUCAAAGUUGCAAGUCUCUCCAAUUUGCUCAAGUAUCUGAAACUUCGCAUCCUGUUAUGCAGGAGCCUGAAGACGACUCUCCAAACUUGACGGACUUGACUCCAUCCUCCAUGACAUAUGUUAGCGAACUAACGAGUCAAACGCUCGAAAAUAUCCAAAGCUUGACUUCCGUAUCGACGAGUGUCAGUCAAACCGUUGUCGAACAACAAACCAAAGAAGUGAAAAAGACAGAAAUUCCUUCGCCAACUUCAACGACAAGCACAACAGGAACUUACAGCGAUCACGUUGAAUCAAUUGCAGGCGACGAUGGCAAAACAAGUGUCACUUCUUGCACGCAUGAGCACGUCACAGAAUUCGAACGAUCAAUGUCGUUGUCAGAAAACGCAGCUUCUGACAUUUCAUCCGAUUCUGUUAACAAAUUGGGCGAAACUUCAAUCGACACAGAUGAUGAAUUAAUUGCUUCUGAAAUUCACAUGAAAAAAAUGAGCGAAGUUUUGGAAGUAAUUCAAGAAUCAAGUGCUCAUUCGAGUCCCAAAUCCACAGACAAGAUAAAAAUUUCUACUGAUAGUUUACAUCACAGCGGUUCUCCGCAAAGCGAAGCAACUGAAAAUACCGAAAGUUGCUCCAUCAUCGAAUCAAUAGUCGAAAAAACUCUCAAAGAUUUCACAUCAAACGAAAAAUUGAAAGAAGUUAAGACAGAAACUCCCAAAAUUCCCUCGAAAAAACCUGAAAUCAAGAAAAAAGUCGAAAAAGAAAGUAAAUUACCGAAACGUGAAUCAAUCGAACGUCCCAUAAAAGAGCGAAAACAAAUUGCUGUCACAAAAAUAAAACGUGCUGAAGCUCCAACCUCCGCUCAAAAGCAGAAAAGCUCCUCAAUUCAUGUUUCCAAAGCAACUACUACAACUAUUAACGUGAAAAAUCUCGAUUCAAGCGCUUCGACAUCUUCAACUCAUACGACAAUGACAACUACGAAGACAAUUUCCCGCGUUCACGGAUAUAUGCAAUCAACAGUGUCACGCGAUCAAAAAAUCGGCAAGCCUGUAACUUUGAAAGAACGUUCUGUCACAAGCAGCCCUGCACGUCAAUUGCCGCCUAAAGCAAAAGAUCCCAAGGAGAAAGACAAAGAUAACAAACUUAUCGAAUAUUCUCUCAAAAAAUCGACUUCAAUUGACUCGAAACACAGCGAUUCUCCCGACAAAGAAAAUCUUUUGAUAACGGGCGAUAUUACGACAGUUCUUACUGCUCAAACAACCGUCGAUGACUCAAAAACGAAGAAAAUUGUGAAAAAAUCGAUUAAAGAGAAGAGUUCUUCGUUCAGCGCGAAAACAGCUGCUGAAGAAAAAACUCAAGUAGUUCACAAAAUCGUUGCGAAAAGUAAUUCAGAGUCAGCAUCAUCUACUCGAUGGACAAUGAACAAAGCUGAAAAAGAGAAAAAGAACAUAAGUCUCAUUCCGACGAAACAAACUGAGAGUAAACCUCCCGUUAAAGCUGUAAAAACGACGAAAAUUCCAACAAAAGCAAGUUCAGUAACAGCUUCAACUGUAGCGAAAAAGACCCAAAAUGUAACAAAAACUGUCUCAAAACCAGGAAAAGUAGAGAAAACUGUUUCAACGAGUCGGGAGGAAAAACAAGUUAAACAAGUAAAAGCUCCAAGUACUCGGCUAAUUACGACAACAACAACGACGACACAACGAAAAUCAGUUCCCGAGAAAAAAGACACAAAACCCGUAAAAACUGAGUCAACAUCCGCCGCAAAGGAAGAAAUUCGUUGCAAAUCCGCCAUGCAAUAUUCGUACAAGGACAGCAUCGUCUUCGAACACGGUGAGAUAUCCACUUCCAUGCCAAGCAGCCCAAGCAGGUUGCAGCGAAACGGUAACGUUAUAACCAGUGAAGUUUUUACUCGAACAGUUGACGCCUCGAAAUCCAUCGAAGUCAUUUAUCGGGCGCCUCCAUCGCGAUGCGACGACAAACAAUCCGACAGUUUCAUCGAAACGACAGAUUCAAGUCUCUCCGAUUCCAUUGCUCUGCCAUCUUCGAGUUCGGAUCACGACAAAGACGACAUCAGUGUCGUCAAAGUUGUCAAACGACGCGCAGCAAGUCCCAGUAAGCAAGAACGCAAAGCAGAGAAAGAACGUUUCCGCAAAUCUGACAUCAUUGAAGUUGACGAUGCUCUUGAACUUACCUCGCAAACGAAGCAACAACUCGAUUUGAAGGUUGUUCAAGCGAUAGACGAGCACGAACGUCGUUUGCAGAAAGCACAAAUGGAACCGACGCCCGCGCCAUCUGGUGUCGUGCUUGAAAGUCGUCUCUCGCCAAUUCUCGAUUUCCAAGUUGUCACGCCGCAACGCAAAAAACACAAAUUUGACUAUGGAUCAGAAGAGGAGAGUAACGUAUCAAGCACUUCCAUUGCGGCAGAGAGUGAUCGGCAAAUCCACACACUUUCCUCUGAAAUACAAAAAGAUUUAGUUGACACUGUGCACUCUGAAGCAAAUCAACUCGUUGACAGUGUUCUCGAAGCCAGUAUCGAAAUUGUGAGUAACCAACUGUCGCAUGACGCGUCAAAAUUCUCUCUUCCGCUCGGCGAAGCGACAACUAACGGCACUUUGGAUGUCGAAGCCCCAACUGGCAUCAACGUUAUUGUUCGAUCGCCCACAAUUGAGUCUCUUACGCAAAAAUCCUUCGACGAAUUUGUCUCGAAUGACGAAGUCACGUCGAAAAUUGCCUCAAAACCCGAACAACCGCCAAAACCCAAACGUCGUUUUGUCUUCACAGACUCCGUUGACGAGAAAGACGAGCCCAAAGACACGGAAACGAUGAAGAAAAAAGCUCCAAGUGCUCGCGUUGAUCGAAAAUUUGAUCGUCUCUCGUCCGAAAUUGACGAUUUGGAGCAAAAAGAGACAGAAUUCGAUGCGACUUUUGCUGAUGUUGAAGCAACUUCAGGUCCGGAAUUCUCGAAAAUCAGUUGGGGCGACGACAGUAACUCGCAGGCAACAACUGGCGAUGAGUUGGCUUCAAAUACGCCCGAUGACGUCUUACAAGAGCCAGAGACAAAAACUGAAGAGCCUGUACACUCUCUCGUGCAUACCGAAAGUGUCGAACAGCAACAAGUACUUCCGAAACCAACUCCUCGCUUAUCCAAGUCAUACACAACCGAAAGUUCAAUCACGCAAGAUGACCCGGCAAGCACAAAGUUUGACUCACACACGAGCUUCGAGCAUGAAACGAGCUCCCAAAUCAGUUCAACAUCCGAGAAUACGAGCGAUAGUUUUCCGCAACGUCGCGAAUUUUGGGAAACGCUCGAUUCGACGAAGAAACAACUUGAGCAAGAAACGCCUCCUGUGCCAAAACCGCGUCAAGGAAUCUCCUUGAAGACAACCGACGAAAGUAGAUCUCUCGAAACGGAAAGCAGCGACGUGCCCGAGAUCAAACAAGAUUCCUUCAACGUUGAUGAUCGUUUGGAAGACGAAAGUUUUCCAAUUUCAGAUCCAAGCGAAUCUCUCAAAAGUCAUGAUCAAAAGAAAAAAUCAAGUAGCGACGACAAAGCUGAGCUCGAUGAUUCAAUUUCUGUUUCACUCAAAGGCGAAUAUGUCGAACGUCAUGCCGAAGACGACACAGAAGCUGAAAUCUCCGAGCAUCACGGCGUUACGGCUCAAUUGUCAAAAGACACAGCGCCAUCUAUAGAUGAAGAUGACAGUCCCGCCGCAUUUUACAUUGGGGACAAAAGUGACAAUAUCAUCACAAAAACCGCAACGCAAAAACGCGACGAAUUCGCUUUCGAUAACGAAGGCUAUCAAAUCUCCAUCGACGAAGAAGAACCCACAAAAACGGAUUUUGUGCAUCAAGGCCUCGAAAUUUACGAUGAAAAGACGAUAAAUGUUGUCGAUGAUGCAGAAAUCGGCAAGCAUUUAGUUCGUCCUGACAUCGACGAGGAAAAGUUGGAAGAAGAAGCUUUACAAGAAGAACUCGAACUGAGUCACGAAAAGAGUGAAACUGAAAUUUCAGAGAAAAAAGACGUUCCAUCAGUUUUGGAACUUGAAUCUUCUUCGACGAACAAACAAUGGAAGCCAAUCGUUCAUUCCCCGAUUGAGAAAGUCAUUCAACUCGAGAAACCCGUUGAAUUCGGGCAGGAAAUAACAACCGCUAAAGCAACAGCUAUUGAGGUUAUCAAAGAAAAACCUCAAGUUUCCUUCGAAAAAGUCACAGAAAAGGAAUUGACUCGCACUCAGGAAAUGGCAGUCGACGAAGCUUUCGAAGAAAUCAAAGAAUCCCUCGACGCUGUACACGAAGAACUCAUUGAAGUUGUCAAAGACGGGCAAUUGAUUAAACAAAGUCCAUCAGAAUUUGAAAUAAGUCUCAUUCCGCAUCAACAAGUCCUUGAAUCACAUCCUGAGGAACACAUUUCUCAAAUUUCUCAUGAAACUUCGUUAAUUAAGAUUCAAGCUCCUUCCGAAAGUGAAGAUUCGCGUCAAGAUUCAUCCGAACAUGAAGUUGUAUUGAGAAAAGGCGUAAAAUCCAACGGAAAUCGAUAUUCAACCACAGAUCCUGAAACAGGCAGCGAUGAAACGAGUUAUCAAAGCAUUGAACGCACAGAUACAGAUCGAAGUCGUCCUGUAUCUUCUGAUUUUUCGCAUUUGCUUGGAACAGGAAAUACCGCAAGUGAAUACGAAACAGCUCAUAGUCAAUCCACAAUUGCUGGUUCGGGAGCGACAGACUAUCAUAGCGCCAUCAGUACGUUACAAACUCCCAGCAUGAAGAGUUUCGACUCUGAAAGUUCAGGAAAUUUGGCAAGUAUUGAAGCUUCAGAGGCAGAAACUCUCGUACCUUCCCAAAUGGAAGAAUGUGAAGCGGAUAUUUUGCCUGAUGAACAAGAAGAAGACGAUUUAGUUCAUGAUGACAGCGAUAAAUCGGGCAGUUUAGAGGAUAAACAACCCGGAAUCUUACUUGAAACAGAAAGUUUGAGUUCAAGUUUGAAACGAUCACACGAAAUGAUCUUCCAUGAAGAUGCGAAAUCCGAUUCAAUUGAACGUUUGGAGCGUCUUGAUGAGCAAAAACUAGCUUCAAGUAUCGAAGAUGUCAAAUUCGGAAGUCUCGAGGAUGGAAGUAUCCUCAGUAUGAGUUUGUCAAGUGCUUCAAAUAUCGAAACUGUCAUGGAAAACAUGCCAGAGGGCGCUGAACUUGUAGAUUCUGUACUCGGAAGUUACGAAUCAGGCAAAGGUUAUAUGUCAAGAUCGACUGAUGAUGCAGCAACUACUCCUGUUGAACUAAAAGAUAAUGAAAGAAUUGAUUCUUUAACUAUGACAUCGUCUGUGAUGCAUGAUCAAACGCAACUUUUCACAGAUGUAAACACACAAAUAUCAACUACAACUGUAACAACUGAACAAACUGAAGUUGAAACUGAACCAACAAAACGUAAGGGACAUCGUCGAAAUGACAGUACAAGCGUUCACCCAAUCGGUUUGUUCAAAGCAACUGACGAAACUCAACCAAGUUCGUUUGAUUCAUCUGAAUUGGAAGACGAAAUGAUCGUUCAUGAAGAAGAACCAAAACACGCAUUCCCAGUUGCCAUUCCUCAAAGCGGCGGAGAUCGUUCCGAUUCAGAUUCAGAUUACGAUCGAUAUGAAUCCGAAUAUGCGAGAUCGUUCCGAUUGCCCAAUGCACAAGCACGAAAGAAGGAAAAACGUGAAAAGCUCGAAGAAAUAGUGCCAGAUUUGGAUAUCAAACGUUCACGAUCUCCAUCGUACUCGACAAUCGAGACAAUUGUCGAAGAUGUUCAUGCAGAAUUGGAAGAACAUGCGCCAAUUGUCGAAAGACGCGUUUCUCCCGCCAUUCAAAACAUCCCAGAUAUCCAAGUGACAGAUGAUGUCAUGAUAACGUCAUCUGAAGACGAGAUCCCUGUGGAAAAGUUCCGUCAAGAGAUCGAAGAACGAACGACAGCUACCUCACCAAUACAAUACGCACAACAAGUAGAAUAUAAAAUGACAGAGGAACAAUAUCACGAAAUGAUUGAAAAGAAAUACAAAGCACAAGAAAUCGAACGUUAUGGAGGGUUUGACAGCGAUGAAGAUAAACCGCCAUCUCCUGGUUCAGAUUCUUUUGAAAUGUUAGAACAACCUGACAUUUCCGAUGAAUUUGUCAUCGUUGAAGAAGUCGCGAAGGAAGCUCAUGAGUUUGAUACUGAAGGCAAAGCUUUGGGCAUUCAAAAAGUCAAACGCGAAAAGAAACAUGACGAAGAUGUCGAACGAAUUUUAGUGAAAUCAGCUCCUGCUUCGACAGAUGCUGCCCAAAUUUACGCCCAUCAUGAAGAUGUUCCCUUUGACUUUGAAGAAAGUCCUCCGAUGGAUCAAGAUUCGCGAGAUAUCGGAAACGGAUAUCCUCUGGAAGGCAGCAAGAGAUGGGUUGAGAUGCAAUUGAAUGAUCCGGGCAACUUGCGAUAUCCAUAUGACCUUCAAAGCAACAUUUUGGAAGACAUCAAAGAGGAAGAUACAGAUUUCGAGGUUGGAAGUUCACGAAUCAGUAGUUUCAAAGAUUCAUUUUCAAGUACCCCGGAUUACGAUUCAAUCGCACGUAAAAUUCAUCAACGUGAGAACGAUAACAUUUCAAUGAGCAGUUUGCAAGAAUUCGAAAGCUUGGAACAUGUGAUCUCUUUGGAGAACAGAAAGCAAGCCCAAAGUUCGCAAGAAUCCUUGAGUAAUGGAAGUAGCGGCGGCAAACCUAAAAUCAUCAAGAUUCACGGAGAUGACAUCAGUAUGUCAAGUUUGAAAGAAUUUGAGGCGCUCGAAAAUGCGAGUCUUGAAGCUGUUUUGUUAGAAAUCAAAGCGAAAGAAGAAGCUGCUUUACUUUUGUCACGAUCUGAUGAAUCGAAUCGAAGUGACAGUUCAAAUGGGAAAAAAAUCACGAAAGUUGUUACGACAACUGUAACUUCGAGCGUUCAACGUGACGGCGGACCUGUCAAAGUAACACAAGUUACGAAAACUGAAGUUACCCGACCCGAUGACGAUGAUUCGUUGAACGUAAUGGAAGUUUCAACUGACAGCUUGGAUGGUUCGUCAAAGCCUUCAAAAUCCUUGUAUGAUAAAGAAUCAGGAAAAAAUGCUUCAACCGAUAGUCUUGAACGUAAUAAUACCAAUGCUGAUGUCAUGAGCAGCUCCAUUGACUCAAUCGAAGUCAAAAAAGGCGAUGGCACAACCACAAAAAGUACUUCUCGCAGCGAUUCAAUUGAACAAGCGCUCAAUGACGUAAGAAAAAGUGAAAGUAUUGAUUCAAUUGAACUUCAACAAGCCAUCGCGCGUCAAAGACUCGAACGUGAUUCGUUAGAAGAACCGCAUGGAUUCGAAUUGCAUACAACAACAACUACGACGCAAGGCGGACGACAAAUUAUAACACAUACUUUGACAGAAACUGUUGUCAUGCAAAAGGAAUUUUCAAGUGAUUCCAUUAACAGUGCGACACAAGAACAAUUGCUUACGAGCACAGAAAGCAUUGAAACAGGAUCGACAGCGACAAAUGCAACCUUUACGAAUGAUGGCAACUCACAAAUGUCAGGCAGUAUGACAAGUUGCGACUCGACGACACUAAUUGACAAUACAGAUAUUCGAUUGUCAUCUUCCCUUAUGUUCGAAGACUUUGGAGGAAGUCACUUUGUGCGAAGCCCCUAUGACCCUACAGGGGAAUCAGCCUUUGACGACACCAAAGAAUCAGCAAAAGAAAAGUUACAAAGUAAAACAACUGAAAAAGAGGACUAAACCAACUAACCUUACAAAAAAACUAACAUCCGAUGAAGACAACUAACUCAGCUUAGAAACAAAAAUUAACUAAAUAAUAAGCUCAAUUUCCAUCGAAAAAUCUAUUCCAUUCAAGUUGAACUAAAAAUUUAAACUUAAUCUUAUGUAUUAAGAAAAAAAUGAUAAAAAAAGAAUUUAUGUUUAAAAAUAAUACUUAUU